AUGGCGCUACAUAUCACUGCAUCUGAUCAGUUCCAACACAUUCUCCGUAUACUCAACACAAAUGUUGAUGGACGUGAGAAGGUUACCGUUGCGUUGACCGCUAUAAGGGGUAUCGGGAGACGUUUGGCCACCGUAGUGUGCAAGGUAGCAGGGGUUGAUGUCACCAAGAGGGCAGGAGAACUCACUAAUGACGAAAUCAACAAAAUUAUCACUAUCAUCAGCUCACCCGCCGAUGUCAUGAUACCAGCGUGGUUCCUUAACAGACAGAAGGAUUACAAGGAAGGAAAGAACCUACACAACACAGCUAACAUGCUAGACACAUGUCUACGUGAGGACCUAGAACGCAUGAAGAAGAUGCGUCUUCACAGAGGUCUCAGACACUACUGGGGACUCAGAACACGUGGUCAGCACACAAAGACCACUGGACGACAUGGAAGGACUGUGGGUGUCACCAAGAAGAAGUGA